AUGGAUUGCUUCAGCCGUCUACCAUUAGAGACCACAUUGGAAAUUUUAACCAGAGUUCCAGCCGAAACGAUCCCUGACUGUAAAUCAGUAUGUAAAAUUUGGGGAAAUCUUCUUCGUCCUGUAUCAUUCUCUAAAAUUCACUUCCAUCAUCACAAUCAGGACGAUGAUUCUGGUAAGUUGAGUUUUCUUGCUUCAACUAGUAAGAAAUAUAUGGAUUAUGAUAACCUAGAGUUCAAAUAUUUUGAGUAUAACAAGAAUCAUAACUCAGAAACGUCUAUUGAGAGAAUUAAAAAGGUUAAUUUCAAACCUCCAUUUAGAGAUGCUAAGAUUGUUGGUUCUUCUAAUGGUCUGCUUUGUCUUACUGGAACCCCAUCUAUUUGUAUUUGUAACCCGAUUACUAGAGAACAAAUAAUGCUUCCUGAAAUCAAGACACAGUAUUGUGAUAAUCAUGAGCAUUGUAUGUGGGCUAAUGGGUUUGGUUACCUUUCUUCAACAAAUGAGUACAAAGUUGUAGCAAUACAUGCUUCCUCGGAGCCCAUAUUCAUAGAUGUCCAGAUAUACACACUAGGUAGUCGCAGCGGAUGGAGAAACCUUGGAAGAUUCGAUAUGGACCUCUGCCAAUCAUCUUAUGCGUUUUUACCACAAGGUGUCUUUGCCAAUGGAGCUCUUUAUUGGGUUUCGGGUGAUUUAGAAAUGAUCGUUACCUUCGACUUGACUCAGGAAAAGUUUUGUGAAAAUCUGUCACCACCUCCUGUGCCACCAAAUGGAUUUUGGACUUGGAACACAAUAGGAGUUUUGGAUGGGUGUUUGUAUGUAGCUGUUUGGCAACUUGUCGAAGGAGAUGAAACAGAAUGGUUUGACAUAUGGCUAUUGAAAAAGAAGAACGAUAAUCAUGGCAUGAAAGAGAGCGAGAGAUAUCAGUCAUUUGGUUGGACUAAAGAGUUUAGGCUUAUACAAAGCACAUUAGUAGCUGUUACGAAGAGUGGCGGUGCUUUAACUCACUCUGCGGAGUGGUUCAAUAUUUACGGCCCAAAAUCUUCUACCUCUAAAAGGUUUGGGGAUCUUAAGGAAUGUUUUAUUCAUGAAAUAUUUCCACACAAAAACACCUUAGUUUCGUUGAAAGGCCUAGGGGAAGAAGGUACAAAGAUAAUGGAGCCGAUUGAAGUUGAAAAGGCAGGAAGACGUGAUUUGCUUUUGGAGCAGCCGGAAGAGGUUGAGGCCCUGGAUGCCUUACUUUCAUUGAAAGAAAUAUGGGUAAAGGAUAAGGAGAUUAUGGAGUCGAUUGAAAUUGAGGAGACAGAAAGCCAUGGUUCUUCUUUGGAGCAGCUGGAUGUAGAUGAGGCCAGGGAUUCCUAG